CUGUCUCUCUGCUCUCUUCUUUCACCAUUUCAUCCCUCAGCCAGCUCAAAUCCUCUGAUUAGUCCUUGACUGCACAGCACAGCACAGCACAGGAUGUCGAUAGUGAUCAUUGUUGCCAGGGAGAUCCUGGAUUCCAGGGGGAACCCCACAGUGGAAGUGGACCUGCACACUGACAAAGGUGUCUUCAGGGCAGCUGUGCCUAGCGGAGCGUCUACUGGCAUCUAUGAAGCCCUGGAGCUGAGAGACGGAGACAAGAGCCGCUACAAGGGCAAAGGUGUGCUCAAGGCUGUUGGUCACAUCAAUGACACCAUUGGUCCUGCCCUCAUCCAUUCGGGGGUCAGUGUGGUAGAACAGGAGAAACUGGACAAGAUGAUGAUAGAGAUGGACGGCACUGAGAACAAGUCUCAGUUUGGGGCCAAUGCUAUUCUGGGUGUGUCCUUGGCCAUAUGCAAAGCUGGUGCUGCAGAGAAAGGUGUCCCCUUGUACCGUCACAUUGCAGACCUGGCAGGAAACACAGAGCUAGUGCUUCCAGUUCCUGCCUUUAACGUUAUCAACGGGGGCUCUCACGCGGGCAACAAGCUGGCCAUGCAGGAGUUCAUGGUACUUCCUGUAGGGGCGGAGUCUUUCAGGGACGCUGUGCGUGUGGGUGCGGAGCUGUACCAGACGCUGAGGGAAGUGAUCAAGGAGAAGUAUGGCCAGGACGCCACCAACGUGGGGGACGAGGGGGGGUUCGCCCCAAACAUACUGGAGAACACUGAAGCCCUGGAGCUGAUCAAGACAGCCAUUGAGAAGGCAGGUUUCACAGACAAGGUGGUGAUCGGGAUGGACGUGGCAGCCUCUGAGUUCUACAAAGAGGGCAAGUACGACCUGGACUUCAAGUCUCCGCCCAACGCAGACCGCCACAUCAGCGCCCAAGAGCUCUGCGACAUGUACCAGGGCUUCGUCAAUGACUACCCAGUGGUGUCCAUUGAGGAUCCGUUUGACCAGGAUGAUUGGCCGGCCUGGUCCCAGAUGACAGCCUCCAUGGGUAUCCAGGUGGUGGGGGACGACCUGACCGUCACCAACCCCAAGAGGAUAGAGCGCGCCCUGGAUGAGAGGGCCUGCAACUGCCUGCUGCUCAAAGUCAACCAGAUCGGCUCUGUCACCGAAGCCAUUCAGGCGUGUAAGUUGGCUCAGGAGAAUGGCUGGGGGGUGAUGGUGAGCCACCGCUCAGGUGAGACAGAGGACACCUUCAUUGCUGAUCUGGUGGUGGGCCUCUGCACUGGACAAAUCAAGGCUGGAGCUCCCUGUCGAUCAGAGCGGCUGGCCAAAUACAAUCAGCUCAUGAGGAUUGAGGAGGAGUUAGGGGACCAGGCUCGCUUCGCAGGGCACAACUUCCGGAACCCCGCCGCCCUCUAAGACUCCUCUGGGCUGAUGGACACUGACACAGAAUCACAGACAUACAUCACAUCACUGCAGGGCACAGACAGACAGACUGACAUAGAUGGACAGACACAGAUGUACACAGACAGAUAUACAUAAAUACCUACAAUGAAUCCGACAGACAGACAGACAGACAGACAGACAGACAGACAGACAGACAGACAGACAGACAGACAGACAGACAGACAGACAGACAGACAGACAGACAGA